AUGGGAGUGCCAGCGUUUUUUCGAUGGAUCUCCCGAAAGUAUCCUAAAAUCAUUUCGCCUGUGGUUGAAGAUGUGGGUGAUCCGCAAUUUGGACGUGUCCCGCAAUAUCUGGACCCAAAUCCAAAUGGUGAGCUUGACAAUUUAUACUUGGACAUGAACGGUAUAGUUCACCCAUGUUCGCAUCCCGAGCACAAGCCAGCCCCAGAGACGGAAGAUGAAAUGUUUUUGGAUGUCUUUAAAUAUACAGAGCGUGUUCUCAUGAUGGCUCGUCCUCGAAAGGUAUUGAUGAUAGCUGUGGACGGAGUUGCGCCCCGGGCCAAGAUGAAUCAGCAGCGGGCUCGUCGUUUUCGCGCUGCACAAGAUGCUCGGGCAGCUGCUGAGGAAAAAGAGCGCCAGAUCCGUGAGUUCGAGGCGCGUGGCCAGGCUAUAGACGAUGCCAUCAAGGGCAAGAAAAGUUGGGACACCAACGCCAUCACACCCGGAACGCCAUUUAUGGACGGCUUGGCACUUGCACUCCGGUACUGGGUAGCGCACAAGCUUGCGCUGGACCCUGGCUGGCGUGAUCUUCAGGUCAUUGUGAGUGAUGCCACCGUUCCUGGAGAAGGUGAACACAAGCUCAUGAGUUUCAUUCGGUCGCAACGUGCAGAUCCACAGUAUGACGCUAAUACUCGUCACUGUAUUUAUGGAUUGGACGCUGAUCUUAUUUUCUUAGGGCUUGCAACGCAUGAACCACACUUCCGAGUUUUGAGAGAAGAUGUUUUCGCGCAGGGCAAUGGGCGCAUGCGAGUAGCUGACCAGCUCCAAAUAACACAGGAUCAGCGAGAUGCCAUUGCAGAACAAGAUGCAAAAAAGCCCUUCCUAUGGCUUCAUGUCAAUGUUUUGCGUGAGUAUUUGGAGGUGGAGUUGCGCCAACGUACACGGAUGCAGUGGGACUUUGGAGCGCGCCAUCGACGACUGGGUAUUCAUGUGUUUUUUCGUUGGUAA